AUGGCAGAGAAGCAGAUCUCAACUUUAAUUCUCAAAGUAGAUCUUGAAUGCACAAUCUGCUCCAAGAAAAUUAGGACGGUACUCUGCAAACUCCAAGACCGAGAAAACAUUCAAUCUGUGGUGUACAAUGAAAAAGAGGGCAUCGUGCUUGUCUCCGGCCCUUUCGAUCCCAAGAAGCUUUCCAAGAAACUCUGUUGCAAAGCCUGCAAAGUCAUCAAGGAUAUUCAGAUCAAACCUCCUCCACCUCCUCCGCCUCCACCCGAUAAACCACCCGAUAAACCACCCGAUAAACCGCCUCCACCCGAUAAACCACCCGAUAAACCGCCUCCACAACCUCCACCAGAUAAAACCCCUACAGGUCCAUACCCGUACCCGUACCCAUACCCGUACCCGUACCCCUACCCUUAUCCUACUGUUUGGCCUUUUCCAGUAUGCGGAUGCCAUGGCUGGUGCACAUGCAAGCCUGCUGCAGAGCCUCCGCCGGCGCCGCCGGUGGUGCCAACUUAUGCCGCGCCAUGCUAUGAUGGUUGCAGAACUUGCAAAUUCAUCUGCGAGGAAGAGCCAUCGUCCUGCUCGAUCAUGUGA